UCUUCACACUCCCACCGUUCCUGUAGGCCCAAAGCCAGAAAGACUCUCUCUCUCUCUCAUCUCAUAAUCAGUUUCAUAAGAAAGGAGACAAAGAGAGAAAAGAAGGGGAGUAGAAGAGAAGAUGGGUGAGGGGAGGGGCUCUACAUUAGUCCAUCUCCUGGUCAUCGUUCUGAGCUUAGUCGCCUUUGGAUUCGCCAUUGCUGCUGAACGCCGCAGGAGCACUGGUAGAAUUGUGGUAGACCAAAAUAAUGCGACAUACUGUGUUUAUCAUUCAGAUGUUGCAACUGGCUAUGGAGUUGGCUCUUUCUUGUUCCUUCUCUCAAGUGAGUCGUUGCUUAUGGGUGUCACAAAAUGCAUGUGCUUUGGAAGACCCUUAACCCCUGGUGGAAAUCGAGCCUGGUCCAUCAUCUAUUUUGUUUCAUCAUGGGUAGCUUUUCUGAUAGCCGAGGCAUGUCUGAUUUCUGGUGCUGCAAAAAAUGCUUAUCACACAAAAUACAGGGGGAUUAUUUAUGCCGAGAACUUCUCAUGUGAAACAUUGCGCAAAGGUGUUUUUAUAGCAGGAGCUGUGUUUGUUAUCGCGACAAUGAUUCUGAACGUCUAUUACUACAUGCACUUCAGCAGAGCCACAACACAGGCUGCUACUGCUAGCAAAACCAAUCGUGCAAACUCAGCGGUUGGGAUGACUGGGUACCCAUAGACCUACAGACCAGCGAACCCGGAUAGCUUUUUCAAGUUCUGCUUCUUGGUUACAUGAAAAUGUAUUGCCUCUAUGAUUGUAUUGUAUGAUGUAAUACUCAACUGUUGAGCAUUAUUGUCUACUUAUAAAUCGAGAAAAUGUGUUUCUUACCAAACCCUA